AUGCAGCCCGAAUCCAAACUGCCCGCCGACUUUCUCUGGGGCUUCGCCACUGCCAGCUACCAGAUCGAGGGCGCGCCGCACGACGACGGCCGCGCCGACAGCAUCUGGGACACCUUCUGCCGGCAGCCAGGCAAGAUCGCCGACGGCACCAAUGGCGACGUCGCCUGCGACUCGUACCACCGCGGCGCCGAGGACAUUGCCCUGCUCACCGAGUGCCGCGCAAAGGCGUACCGCUUCUCGCUGUCAUGGUCGCGCAUCAUCCCGCUGGGCGGCCGCAACGACCCCGUCAACGAGCCCGGCCUGCGCCAUUACGUCCAGUUCGUCGACGACUUGAUCGCCGCCGGCAUCGAGCCCAUGGUCACCCUCUACCACUGGGAUCUGCCCGACAACCUGGACAAGCGCUACGGCGGCCUGCUCAACAAGGACGAGUUCGUGCAGGACUAUGCCCAUUACGCCCGCGUCGUCUUUGCCGCCAUGGGCACCCGUGUCAAGUACUAUGUCACCUUCAACGAGCCCUGGUGCAGCUCCAUUCUAGGCUACAGCACGGGCUACUUCGCGCCGGGCCGGUCAAGCGAUCGCAGCAAGAGCGCCGCGGGGGACAGCAGCCGCGAGCCGUGGAUCGUGGGGCACAACCUGCUGCUCGCGCACGCUCAUGCAGUCAAGAUCUUCAGGGAGGAGUUCAAGCAAAAGACCGGUGGACAGAUUGGCAUUACCCUAAACGGUGAUUACAUGUACCCCUGGGAUCCCGAGGAUCCGCGAGACGUCGACGCUGCCCAGCGCAAGCACGAGUUCUCCAUCUCGUGGUUCGCCGACCCCGUCUACUUCGGAAAAUACCCGGACAGCAUGCGCAAGCAGCUCAAGGAGCGGCUGCCGGAGUUCUCUCCGGAAGAAGCCGCCCUCGUCAAGGGAAGCAAUGACUUUUACGGCAUGAACCACUAUACGGCCAACUAUGUCAAGCACGUUGACUCGGAGCCCGCCCCCGAAGACUUCCUGGGGAAUCUCGAGUGCACGUUCGAGAGCAAGGCUGGGGAGAACAUCGGCCCCGAGACGCAGAGCCCGUGGCUCAGACCAAACGGGCUGGGUUUCAGGAAACUACUGAAGUGGAUCAGCGAUCGCUAUGGACGGCCGGCAAUCUACGUGACGGAGAACGGGACGAGCCUGAAGGGCGAGAACGAGCUGCCGCUGGACAGGCUGCUGCAAGACGACUUCAGAGUCCAGUAUUUCGACGACUACAUCCGCGCCAUGGCCGACGCGCGCACGCAUGACGGCGUCGACGUGAGAGGCUACAUGGCUUGGAGCCUGAUGGACAACUUUGAGUGGGCUGAGGGGUACGAGACGAGAUUUGGCGUGUGUUACGUGGACUACACGGGGGGACAGAAACGGUAUCCCAAGAAGAGCGCCAAGGCCAUAGGGGACAUUUUUGAAGCUCUGAUGAAGCAGCACUAG